AUGUCCUAUAAGUGUACACAUUGUCGACGAAAGUUUAAAAUUUUAUCAAAGUUUAGAGAACAUGUAGAAAGAUGUGAGAAAGAAGAAAUAGGUGAUUUAGUACAACAUCCAAAGUUUAAUUUAUCAAAAAGUGCUUUCAAUAAUACUUUUGGAGUAUAUUCUAUGCGUGAUGUAGAUACAAAUGAUGUUGAUACUCUAUUCUCCAAUGAAAGCUCAUCUUUAACUAGUCUUCUUGAAGAUUUAGUGAACAAAUUAGAGUGUGUAAAAAUUACAAUUGGUGUUUGGUUUGUAUUAGAAAGACCAAGUAAGGAUGAUGGUGAUGAUGAGAAUAAGACUGUUUACAUCAACUCAUCUAAAAAAGUUUUGUGUAAUGAUGAUUAUAUUCAACAUUUUCUAGGUGAAUGUUCACAGGAAAUUGAUGCUAAAUUGGAUGUGUUUACCCAAGAAGGAAGCGGUUGGAGUGUUCAAUCAAUUAAGGAAGUAGAAGUUCAUUUAGUUAAAUAUGAACCACAUCAAGGAGGUUGUAAAUCAUGUUCGUUACCCAAACAUAUUAUCACUAAAAAAGCUAUCGUUAAUAUGGACUGUACAACUGAUUGUUUUAUGUACUGUGUAUUGGGUGCAUUACAUCCCGUGGAUCAAAAUCCUCAAAGGGUGUUUCAAUAUGAUUUACAAAGUUGGAGAUACGAUUUCUCAAGUUGUCGUGGUGAAGUUAAAACCAAUCAAAUCAACAAAUUUGAAAAGACAAAUAAUGUUUCAGUGAAUGUUUACACAUUGUCUCUAAACGAGGAAAACAUUAUACCAUUUAGGAUAACAAGUGAACUGAAAGAUAAACAUGUGAAUCUAUUUUUCCACGACAAUCAUUACUUUCUAAUUUCAAACUUUGAUCGUUUACUAAAUAUGAAACGCAACCACGGUGAAAAACAUUGUUUAAACUGUUUACAUGGUUUUCGAACUCAUGAAAAAUUGAUGGAUCACCAACCUAAUUGUUUCAAGAGAUCACCACAACAAGUUGUUUUACCAAAGAAAGGGGAGAUAAUAGAGUUCAAGGAAUACAAAAAAAUGUUCAAAUAUCCUUUCAUCAUUUAUGCUGAUUUCGAAACAUUAGCAACAAAGUUACCUCAUGAAAACAAAAACUCGUUUGCUUAUCAAGAACAUAAACCAUGUUCUUAUGGUUUUGUGGUAAUUGAUUACAAAGGUGAUGUUAUUCUAAAAGAUUUCUAUCGUGGAUUGGACGCUGAUUCAAUGUUCAUGAAAACUCUUAUAGCUGUUCAAAUGGAAUUAUAUCUUUUGUAUGAUAAUCUUCAGAAACCAUUAUACUUGACUCUAGAAGAAGAAGCAAGAUUUUACAUUGAGGAUAAAUGUCACAUUUGUGGUAGUGGUUUUGAUCAUGAUAGUGAUAAAGUGAGAGACCAUGAUCACAUGACUGGUGAAUUUCGAGGACCAGCACAUAAUGCAUGUAAUUUACAAUGGAAAUGGGAUUAUAAAAUACCAGUUGUAUUUCACAAUUUGAAAAAUUUCGAUGGUCAUUUAUUAAUUCAAGCAGUUGAUAAUGAUUUAUUCACAAAGAUUGAUUGUAUACCUCAAACAAUUGACAAAUACUUAUCAAUCCAAAUGGACUCAUUUGUAUUUAUUGAUUCACUCGCUUUUUUACCAUCAAGUCUUGAUAAUUUAGCCAGGAACCUGGAUAGAGGAGAUAAAGUUAAAAUACUUGAACAAAUAUUUACGGAUGGAGAUAUUGAAAUGUUAUUGGGUAAAGCGUGCUUACCUUAUGAAUAUUUGGAUUGUAUAUCUCGUUUCGAUGAACCAUCUUUACCACCAAUAGAUGCAUUCUUCUCAUCAUUGACAAACAGUGGGAUUAGUGUUGAAGCAUAUGACAGAAUGAAUCAGAUCUUUCAAGAUUUUAAUUGUUCAACACUUGGUGAAUUUCACGAUAUAUAUUUGAAAGUGGAUGUUUGUUUAUUAGCUGCUAUAUUUGAAAACUUUAGAAAAAUGAGUUUAUGUGAAUUUGGAUUAGACCCAGCAAACUUUUUCUCAACACCUGGAUUAACCUGGUUGGCAGCACUUAAGAUGACUAAAGUCAAAUUGGAUCAUAUAACCGAUAUUGAUAUGUUGAUGAUGCUUGAAAACGGUAUUCGUGGUGGUGUAUCAUCAGCAAUGACUCGACAUGCUAAAGCAAAUAAUUCAAGUUGUCCUGAUUAUAAUUCAAAUGAACCAAAAAGUUUUAUUACUUAUUUAGAUGUUAAUAAUCUUUAUGGGUAUGCCCUUAGACAAAAACUUCCACAUGAAAAAGGAUAUAUAUUAGAGGUUGAUUUGGAUUAUCCAAAAGAUUUACAUGAUUGGCAUGAUGAUUAUCCAUUGGCAGUUGAGCAGAUGACCAUCGAAAAAGAACAUUUGAGUCCUUACCAAACAUCAUUAAUUGAAAAACUUGAAUCGAUGGGUAAAAAGAGAGUUGCUGGUAAAAAGUUGACACCAAAUUUAUUAAAAAAGGAAAAAUAUGUUAUUCAUUAUCGUAAUUUAAAGUAUUACAUGGACAAAGGAUUGAAAUUGGAAAAGAUUCACAGGAUAAUUAGUUUUGAAGAAGUUGCAUGGUUACAGCCAUACAUCGAUUUGUGUACAAGUAAACGACAACAAUCCAAGACAAACUUCGAAAAAGACUUUUGGAAACUAAUGGUUAAUUCACUUUAUGGGAAAAGUAUUGAAAACAAGAGAAAACAUUCAAAGGUGAUAUUUUUAACGAACCAAAAACAGAUAAAAAAAGUUGUAAACAAACCUUUGUUUGAUCAGUUUUCAAUUAUAAAUGAAAACUUUGUUAUAGCAAAGCUUCGAAGACCAAAAGUUGUUCUAGACAAACCAAUAGCUGUUGGAUUUAGUGUCUUGGAAUUUGCAAAAUUGCACAUGUAUCAAUUACAUUAUGAUACAUUCAAGUCAUAUUAUGGAAACAAUAUCAAACUGUUGUAUACUGACACGGAUAAAUUCAUUUAUCACAUGAAAACAGAAGAUUUACAUGUAGAUUUGGAAAAGUUUGGGGACAUUAUGGACUUUUGUGAUUAUCCAGAAGACCAUUGGCUUUACAAUACACAAAAUAAAAAGAAACUUGGAUACUUAAAGGAUGAAAUGAAUGGAUCACAAAUACAUGAAGUCAUUGCAUUAAAAUCCAAAAUGUAUGUGAUCGUAUCAGAUGAUGGAGAAAAGAAAAGAUCCAAAGGAACACAAAGGUGUAUAGUCGAAAAACAAUUGACUAGAGACCAGUAUUUUAAUUGUUUGUACAACGAAGAGAUAUUUUAUAAUGUUAAUCACAGAUUAGAAAGUAAAGAACAUAAGAUUAGAGCAAUACAAGUUAAAAAGAUUUCACUGAGUCCACUUGAUGAUAAAAGAUGGGCUAUAGACAAUCUGGCUCUUUUUAAUUACAACCACAACACUAAUAACUUUAUAAUUUAUUCUACUCCUGUCUCAUCACCAAUUAAUAUUCGUUAUAUUGUUCCUUCUGGUGUUUUUCGAGAAUUCAACCUUAUAACAAUCGAUAACCCUGAUCCAAGAGACCUUCUACCUCCAGGUAGUUAUUCGUCUGAAUCAUCAUCAUCAAGUGAACUUGAACAGUUAUCACCUUGUUCAUCAAUUUCAUCAAUAUCAUCAAACUUUUCAACUUGUAGUACUACAACUGUAGAGUCAACAUAUUCAUUAUUAAACUCUGAAAGUGAAUUUAUUCCUAUACGUUGGACUGAAGCUGAUUUUCAAGGUUACAGAGAAGCAUUAUCGGAAUCUACUGCAUCUGGAAGAUCAUCAACGUCAUUAUUACUUUGGUCUUACCACCCUUCUCGUGAAACCUCUCCUGUUCCAUCGACAAUUUCCAGUUGGUCUGAGCCGAAUUCAUCAAUCACCAAUUCAUCUAAUCCAUCACCUGAACCAACAUCUGAUUAA